CUACCGAGCAAAGUUUGAAUAGCACUGUUUGUAUAUGUUUCACUUUAAAUUCAAUACAUAUCUUAUAGAUUACCAGUAUAAACGAACUAUAUUCUUGGCUCGCAUGCUCGUUUUCUAGUGUUUUAAAAAAUUCACGGGGAACCUUGGAUUUUUACCUGAGGGGUAGAUUUUCAUGAUCUGAUUUUUUGAUAUUAAGGAGGGACAGAAAUGACAAUGACUAGCAUAUCAGCGGUGAUUAAGACCAAUGUCCCCCGACAAUCUAUAAGGAAGGAUUUUCUGAGUAAACUGACGGAAUAUCUUUGUGAAACCUAUAACACAGAAGCUAAGAGAGUAAUAAUUGAAAUCCACCCGGACACUCCCAUGAUGACAGGCGGGCUAUCGGCUCCCAUGAUGAAUAUUGAAUUUUAUCACAACUCCGACGUCAUCUCACAGACAACGAAACAGAAACACGCAUCAGGAAUGGCCAAGUUUAUGGCAGAAGAACUCAGAAUUCCAAUUGACAGAGUUCUGGUUUUAUUCUUUGACACAAGGAAAUGCACUUGAAGGAUGAUUAUUUUUUAGUAUGCACUUAUGAACUUUAGCAGGAAGAACUUUUUUUAAUGUGCUAUCAACUGUUGAAUUGAAUACAUGUACUUUUUAUGAGAACUUGUUUUACUUUGUAUAACAUAUUUAACAUUGUUUAUCAAGAAUGAAUAAAUGAAAAUUAUA